AGGUUCAGCCCAGCCCUCAGUAGCCGGAACGCGGGAACGCGGAGCGACUGGAAGGCCGGAACUUUGAGAGGGGCACUGCGGCCCAGACCGCCAAGGGGCGCGCGCCCGGAAGCAGCGGGUUGACUGCCAGAGGGGGCGAUGGCACUCGCGGCGUUAGGGGUUUCCGCUCGCGCUCUGCGCUCACGGAGUUGGCUCCUGGGAAAUUGGCAGACACAGAUUAGAGAAACCCACCAGCGAGCUUCUUUAUUAUCCUUCUGGGAACUAAUUCCCAUGAGAGCAGAACCUCUGCGAAAGAAGAAAAAGGUAGAUCCUAAAAAAGACCAAGCAGUAAAGGACCGUCUGAAAAAGAGGAUCAGACGACUGGAGAAAGCUAGCCAGGAGCUAAUUCCCAUUGAAGAUUUUAUUACACCUGUGAGGCUCUUGGAUAAAGCAAGACAGCGGCCUCCUGUGGAGCUUCCCUUUGAGGAGAGUGAGAGGAGAGCUCUGCUUCUGAAGAAGUGGUCCCUGUACAAGCAUCAAGAGCACGAGAAGGAGAGGGAUGCCAUCAGGACCAUGCUCAAGUCCCAGCAGGAAGCUCUGCAGGAGCUGCAACUCAUGUCCCCAGAGCUAUAUGCAGAGGCCACCAAGCGGGACCUCAGUCUGUUCCCCUUUGAAAGAGAAGGACCAGAUUACACGCCACCAGUCUCCAACUACCAGCCCCCUGAAGGCAGGUACCAUGAUAUCACCAAGGUAUACACACAGGUGGAGUUUAAGAGGUAGAGCUGCAGGCACCUGCCCACAGAACACUCUGCCCUUUAGAGCCAGGAGGAUGAGGGCUCAAGCUUGCUUGUCACAGAACCAGGGAUGCUGUGAAUAAAUAUGUUUAAUCAAG